CGCUUCUCACAUCUCUGGCGUCAGCAUCGCGAUUCUGAAAAAAGCGGCGGCACAAGCGCCGUUAUAACUUCGUAUGGAGAGCUGAAACGAAUUAAACGGCAAAUUAUUGUUAUAGAAUAUACAAAAUGUAUGUGAAGAAGUUAGUGCUUGAUGGCUUCAAGUCCUAUGGCAGGCGCACUGAAAUCGAAGGCUUCGAUCGAGAGUUCACGGCCAUUACAGGUCUAAACGGUUCAGGCAAAUCAAAUGUUCUGGACUCGAUCUGUUUUGUGCUUGGCAUCAGUAAUUUGCAAAACGUGCGAGCAUCUGCGCUACAAGACUUGGUCUAUAAGAAUGGACAAGCGGGUAUAACCAAAGCAACGGUCACAAUUGUGUUCGAUAAUACGAAUGCACAGCAAUGUCCGCCAGGAUAUGAGAAGUGUCGCGAGAUAUCGGUGACGCGUCAAGUGGUGGUCGGUGGCAAGAACAAGUUUCUGAUCAAUGGCAAGCUGGUGCAGAACAAAAAAGUUCAGGACUUUUUCUGCUCCAUGCAGCUAAAUGUCAACAAUCCGAAUUUUUUGAUUAUGCAGGGCAAAAUUCAACAAGUGCUGAACAUGAAGCCCAAGGAGGUGCUUUCCAUGGUCGAAGAAGCAGCCGGCACCAGCCUCUACAAGACGAAACGUGAUGCCACCAAAACGCUUAUUGAAAAGAAGGAGGGAAAGUUGCGGGAAACUUCGGCUCUGCUCGAGGAGGAAGUUUUGCCAAAGCUAGAUAAGCUGCGCAAGGAACGCGCUGCCUAUCAGGAGUAUCAGAAAACGUGUCGCGACAUUGAGUUCCUCACGCACAUUCACAUUUCGGCCAGAUAUCUGAAACUGUGCGAUGCGCUUCAGUCUGUGGAGGCUAGUGAGCAGAAGAUAGAGACCCGUAUUGCCAAUUGCCGCGACACUCACGCUAAGAAUCUGGAGGAAGUGGAGCGCAUUGAAACGAAGGUCCACGAAAUACAACUUAAGAUAGACACCGAAAUGGGCGGGAGUCUAAAAUCGCUAGAGGCCGAACUGACAGCUAAGCGAGCAACCGAGGCAACAGCCUCAGGCAGUCUAAAGGCUGCCAAAGGCACAAUUGAGCAGGAUCAGAAAAAAAUUGCUAUGGCCAGCAAAAACAUUGCUGAAGAUGAACGCGCGCUACUUAAGAAACAGGAAGCCAUGUCACACGUUCAGGGCGAGUUUCAAAGCCUUAAAGAUGCCGAUGCAACGGACGCAAAGGCCUACGAGGAUGCGCAGCGUAAAUUUGAAGCCGUAUCCCAGGGUCUGUCUACCAAUGAAGAUGGACAAGCUUGUACGCUACAGGAGCAGCUUAUUGCUGCCAAGCAACAGUUGAGCGAGGCACAGACUACGAUAAAAACUUCUGAAAUGGAGCUGCGUCACACGCGUAGCCUUCUCAAUCAGAAGCAAGGCGAGACCCAGACGAACGACGCAGCCUAUACCAAGGACAAGAAGCUGCUCGACCAGCUCGAAGUAGAGAUUAAGAGCUUGGAGAGCCAGUUGCAGGGUUUCAACUAUGAAGGCGGGGAGUUCGAACAGCUGAAGGAGCGCAGGCAACUAUUGCAUAAUGAGGUGCGCGAUCUGAAGCGAGAUUUGGAUCGUCGCAGUGGCUCUCGCUUUGAGCUGCAAUACACCGAUCCAGAACCAAAUUUUCAACGGCAUAAAGUACGCGGCAUGGUGGGCAAACUAUUUCGUGUUCGCGACAUGCAGAACUCAAUGGCUCUUAUGAUGGCAGCUGGAGGACACCUCUAUAGCUUUGUAACGGACGAUGAUGUCACUAGCAAGAAGAUCUUACAAAGAGGAAAUUUGCAGCGUCGUGUAACACUGAUACCGAUCAACAAGAUCAAAUCAUAUCCUCUGAAUCCACAAGUUAUCGCAUACGCGAAAUCUACUUACGGAAGUGACAAUGUGGAGUCUGCCAUGUCGUUGAUUGAAUUCGACGAAUACUUUGAUCCGGUCAUGAAGUUUGCAUUUGGCGGCACGCUCAUUUGCAAAGAUUUGGAUGUAGCCAAAGGACUAAGCUCAGAUAAGAACAUUGGAGCUCGCUGUGUUACACUAGAAGGUGAUGUGGUGGACUCGAACGGCACCUUGUCUGGUGGCUCGGCACCCAAAGGUGCGAAUAUACUCCAGGAAUUGAAUUCCAUAAGAAAUUUGGAGAAGGAAGUUAAGCAAAAGAUGAAUGAGUUGACCCAGGUGGAGAAGCAAUUGAAUUCAAUUGAGAGUGUAGCACACAAGUAUAAUAAGCUAAAAGAGGCACUGGAGCUGCGUCAGCACGAGCUCUCCAUGUGCAAGAGCCGCUUGGCGCAUACAGCAUUCCAGCAGAAUCAGGAGGAGAUCGAGGAAAUGAAGGAAAAAGUAAAAAGCUUGGAGCAACAAAAUGCUGAAGCACGCGAAAAGCAAAAGAGCUCCCAGGCCAAAGUCAAGGAAGUCGAGGCCAAAUUAUCCGACGCGAAGGGCUAUCGAGAACGCGAACUCAAGGCGGUCAGCAACGAAAUGAAGUUGGCCAAGCAGCGGGCUGAAAAGUCGCGUGCGAAUUGGAAAAAGCGUGAACAGGAAUUCGAAACGUUGCAGCUGGAAAUUACAGAACUGCAGAAGAGCAUUGACCAAGCCAAGCAGCAACACCAAGAGAUGGUGGACAAUCUUGAUAAGUACAAGGCGGAGUUGGAUGCACUGCAGCAGAACAGCUCGUCGGCAGCCACAGAAGUCGCUGAGCUAGAGAGGGCAAUUAAAAAGCAAAAGGAUAGUCUGCAUGCGCAGAAUAAGGAAAUGCGCACGCUUUUAGACAAAAAGGAUAAAAUGCUGAAGCACAAUCAGGAGCUGCAACUGGAGAUAAAGAAGAAGGAAAACGAAAAAAGUAAAAUAAGUGGAGAGGCAGCGGAUGCUAAGAAACGCAUGGAUGCGCUGGAGAUUAAAUACCCCUGGAUACCUGAGGAGAAGAAUUGCUUUGGUAUGAAGAAUACACGCUACGAUUACAGCAAAGAGGAUCCCGUAGAGGCGGGCAACAAGUUGGUGAAGAUGCAAGAGAAAAAGGAUAAAAUGGAACGGACGCUCAAUAUGAAUGCAAUGCAGACACUGGAACGCGAGGAGGAGAACUACAAUGAGACAGUGCGUCGGCGUCAGAUCGUUGCGCUGGACAAAGAGAAGAUUAAGAAGAUCAUUGUCAAGAUGGAUGAGGAGGAGCAGGAUCAGGUCAGACACGCCUGGGAAGCUGUAACUAAGAACUUCAGCAGCAUAUUCAGUACACUGCUGCCGGGUGCCCAAGCUCUACUCAAUCCCGUCAAGACAAACGGAAUACUCAGUGGCCUCGAAAUAAAGGUCGGUUUCAAUGGAGUGUUCAAGGAGAGUUUGGGCGAGCUCUCAGGUGGUCAGAAGUCAUUGGUGGCUCUAUCGCUGGUGUUAGCCAUGUUGAAGUUCUCCCCUGCUCCGCUCUAUAUUCUCGAUGAGGUGGAUGCUGCGCUGGACAUGUCGCACACACAAAACAUUGGCAGCAUGCUGAAGCAACAUUUCAGGGAUUCACAGUUUCUCAUCGUCUCCCUCAAAGAUGGCCUCUUCAAUCAUGCCAACGUUCUGUUUCGCACUCAGUUUGUGGAGGGCGUCUCCACGAUUACGCGAACUGUGGGCCGAUCUGUUGCCAAGCGCUAA